AUGCGGGUUUGUUACGAAGACAUGUUGCGGACUCUGGUCGACAGAGACGAAGCUUCGUGCAUAGAAGAUGCUGCGAUAGGCGCUAGUACUGUGACAAUAUUUCUGAAGGCUGUGAGACAGUACUGCAGUGAUGUAAUAAAUGUUAUUAACGAACACAUGACUUAUGAAGGCAGACAUCUCUACGAGGUAAUAUUGAACGCUCAUUCACCACAAGAAAAGACUGACGAACAAGCGUCGAAGCCGGUAGUGAUCAUCGAGGCUGGACAGCAAGGAGGCACGGAGUCAGUGGGCUUGGCGCUGUUCCUCAUAGAACAGCUGGUGGCCUGCCGGGAGUAUGGCGCUAUGCUGGAGCAGAUCACCUGGGUCAUAUUACCCUGCACCAACCCAGAUGGCCAGGAGUAUUCUAGAUAUAGCCAAGUACCCUGGAAAAAGAAUUUAAAACCCUCGGAGGAUUCGUUGAGCUACGGCGUAGAUAUUACAAGAAACUUUGACAACCAGUUCAGCUCAUGCCCCAGAGUAGAAUCUGGUUUCUCCCCCAUUUUCCCAGGCCCCGGGCCUGCUUCAGAAAAUGAGACUGUUUUUAUCAAGAGCAUAAUUGCAAAGUAUAAGAAGGAUGCGAAAGUUUAUUUGUCAAUCAAACGUGACGGCCAUUCGAUUCAUUAUCCGUAUGGGUACACGAAGAACACGCCCGCGAACCCGACCAUGCUGCACCGCGUGGCGGGCGAGAUGGCCGCGCGGAUCAACCAGCGCGCGGCCGGCGUGCACUUGUUCAUCAACAACAGCGUGUUCGAGUCGGAGGGCAAGCCGCACUGCGGACACAGCGUCGACUACGCGUAUGACAGCGGCAUCCCUUUGUCUUACGAGAUGCGCGUUUUUCUCGGCGCUGACAACAAAAUUCUGACCAAGUUCCAAACCCUGCCCCGGGGCUAUGAGAACUCUUUGAGAAACGGCUACUUCAGCGGUAUACGAGAAUUGUACAACAUACUCAUAAACGAGAAGAAAUACGGCAGAAUUGUAUAAUAAACCUUAUUUUUAUAAAACGUUGA